GCUGUGGGUGUGCGCGUAUGCGGGAGGGGGAGAAAGAGAGGCUCCUGGUGCCCCUCCAAGCGCAUUAAGGACACUCGGGCCUUUUAAUUUUAGGAAUGAAUGCUGAUACUUGUGUUUCUUAUUGUGAUCCGGCUGCCAUGGAUUCCUACUACAACGCAGCCUCCCAGGGCGCAGACGGCUCCUCGCCUUUUAGGGCAUUUCAAGCGAGUGACAAGUUCGGCCCCGCUUUCCUGGCCGCCAAAGGACAGAGCUUCGGUGACAGCGGCGCGAAGUGCCGGAGCCGCUACAGCCCGCAGGAAUGCCCGUCCCUGGACGGCAGCGGGCAGGCGCCGGGCCCCGCCGCGCCCCCGCCCGCCUUUAGCAAAUACCCGCAGCCCCAGCAGCAGCCGCCGCACCUCUACAUGCAGCGCGGCCCCUGCAAGACCCCCCCGGAGAGCAAUCUCAAGCUGCAGGAGAGCGGCGGCCACAACGGAGCCCUGCAGGUCUCCUGUUACGGUAAGGAGAGCAGCUUGGGAGAGGCUGACUUGCAGCCCAACGCUGACCCCUCGGGCAUGGACAGCAGCUACCUCAGCGUGAAGGAGGCCGGAGUGAAAGUCCCUCAGGACAGGGCCAGCACGGACCUCCCCAGCCCCAUGGACAAAGCGGACUCGGAGAGCAACAAGGGCAAAAAACGGAGGAACCGUACCACCUUCACCAGCUACCAGUUGGAGGAGCUGGAAAAGGUCUUCCAGAAGACCCACUACCCAGAUGUUUAUGCCAGGGAGCAGCUAGCCAUGAGGACAGACCUCACUGAGGCUCGAGUACAGGUCUGGUUCCAGAACCGACGAGCCAAAUGGCGCAAGCGGGAGCGGUUUGGCCAGAUGCAGCAGGUCCGGACCCACUUCUCCACUGCCUAUGAGCUGCCUCUGCUCACCCGUGCUGAGAACUAUGCCCAGAUCCAGAAUCCCUCCUGGAUUGGCAACAAUGGAGCCGCCUCCCCUGUGCCCGCUUGCGUCGUUCCCUGUGAGCCGGUGCCCUCCUGCAUGUCCCCCCACGCGCAUCCCCACGCAGCUGGUGGUGUUUCCGACUUCCUCGGUGUCUCCAGUGCCAGCGGCCACGUGGGCCAGACUCACGUGGGUGGCCUCUUCGGUACGGCCGGCAUCGGCCCCGGCCUCAAUGGCUACGAGCUGAACAGCGAGCCAGACCGCAAGAGCUCCAGCAUCGCGGCCCUGCGGAUGAAGGCGAAGGAGCACAGCGCCGCGAUCUCCUGGGCGACAUGACAGGGCUGCCAUCCAGCGCCUCGGCACACCGCGAGAGCCAGUGGGGAAGCUGGGAGACCUCCAGCCGGGACUCCAGCCAGCCCUUGCCUCCUCGGGGAUGUGAACGCAGCACUUUGAGCUACCCUAGGUGUAUAGAGGACGUGUGUUAACGUUAGUGGCGUGUGCCCAGCAUGGACGAGGGAGGUCCCAGCCUCCUGGCACUGGGUCAGGGCUGUGGGGCAGCGCUGCUGCCCCCUACUCUGGGGGUGUCCUCUGCUAUCGCCACUGCCUCCCCGGGGACUUGGAUGCCUUUUCUCCCUGCUCCUUUUUCUGACACCAGAUCUGCCUUUCCGGAGAGCAAGAGCCUACCAGCGUCUCCAGCAGCUGCCCCGUCUCUCCACAUGUACAGCUCUUCCCUCCUCAGAACCCAUCUGCCUUGCACAGGGGACGGGACGGGGACUCUGGCACCAGCAAAGAGACGCUCUUCAGGCUGCUCCUGCCUCAUGGGAGCCAUGGCUGAAUGGGAUGAGGGGAUCUUCAAGGCCAGAAAGGUGGCAGUGCUAUCCUACUUCCUUCCACCCAGCAGGAGGUGAAGUAUGAGGCUUAGGGGCCUCUUGUGUGGGCACAGUGCCACCACUCUGCUGUCUUUGAUGGCUCCCCACCAUCCAGCUCAAGAUGUGCAUAUGAAGUGAUGGCUGCUUGGAACCUUGUAGAAGUCACACUGCCAUGAGCACUUGAAGUUUGCUCUGUUAUAGUUGUGGCUGUUGUGCUAUAGCAAAAUGUGUUCUCUGGCUUUUACAGGAGUCACUGCCCUCUGCUCUCAAGUCCCGCUGGGCCCCCAACAAGGAGCAGAGCACGUGGCCAGGACUGUGUGAGGGCAUCCUCACAUUGUCCCUAGCCUGCCCCAUGCGGCAAUGUCUCUUCCCCAAUUGCCUCUCAUUCUCUGCUUCCCCAAAACCACCUGCCAGCACCUACCCACACCUCUUCCAGGGGCUGGGGGAAGGCUGGGAAUGGGGGAUAGUGGCACUGCCCCAUCUCUGGCCACUCCAGUUUGCCCUCACCAAGCAGACUGAAGGAAACACCAGAACUUGCUCUCUCUCCUAAAGUCCCACCCACGGUUUUCUCCCCACAUGCUCCCACUUGCACAACUCUGUUUAGUACAGUCUCCUCUCCAAGGCCAAACCUCUCUCAAGCCGUUCAGUGGCGUCAUAGCACCAAGAAUAAUUUUAGAGUUUCCUUCUGCCCCACCAAAAGGUCACCAGCAGCCAUAGCACACAGCUCACACGCUGAGCUCCAGCUCAGUGAGCAAGAGAAGUGCAGGGUUUUGCCCCAUACAGCCAUCACAUCACACUCCAUCCACUCUAGGUCCAGAGA